AGACAAGGCAGCACCUUCUUCAGCCGCUCGCCUGAGCGCCGCUCAACCCUGUCCCAGGGCCGGGGCAGGCAGUGGCUCCGUCUCCACCCCGGCGAAGGGCUUUGGGGAAACAUUUCACAGGGAGGCUGUUCAAGAAGGCGAGAGGAUGACAUCGUCACCUCCACGAGGCUGCGGCAACAUCAGUGCUGACUAUUACCUGCUCUGUGACAUGGAGAAGGCAUGGGGCAUCGUCCUAGAGUCACUGGCUGCAGCUGGUGUCCUCAUCACCAUUUUCCUCAUCUGCUCGCUUUUCUUUCUCAUCUGCAAAGUACAAGACAACAGCAAGAGGCACAUGAUCUCCAUCUAUUUCUUCUUUCUCUUAGGCACACUUGGCAUUUUUGGUCUCACUUUUGCCUUCAUCAUUAACCUCAAUGCCACAACUCGCCCUACUCGCUUCUUCCUGUUUGGAGUAAUCUUUGCUCUCUGCUUUGCAUGCCUCCUCACCCAUGCCUGCAACCUCUCCAAGCUAGUGAGAGGAAGAAAACCCUUCUCCUGGCUGGUCUUGCUGCUCCUCAUGUUUUCCUUUGUCCUGGUGCAAGUGGUGAUCAACAUUGAGUACUUAGUCACCAUGCUAGUACAUCAGAAAGACAGCUUUCUGAGUAUGCCUCGAGAGGAUGCCAACAAGGACUUUGUCAUGCUUUUGAUCUACGUGCUCUUCUUGAUGGCUCUGACCUUCUUGCUGUCCAUGUGCACAUUCUGUGGGCCAUACAAAAGCUGGAAAAGGCAUGGAGCACACAUCUUUGUCACUGCCCUGUUUUCAAUUGCCAUUUGGGUAGUGUGGAUCACUAUGCUCACAAAAGGCAACACAGUUUUAAAGAGACAGAGCUGGGAUGAUCCUACCAUAGCCAUUGCUCUGGUGUCCAAUGGAUGGAUCUUCCUGAUUAUGUAUAUUGUCCCUGAAAUUUGUUUCCUGACUGCUCCUCUGAGGCUGGAGGACUACCCUCCAGAAAAUAACUUCUGCCAACCCAAGUUCAUAAAGCAGACAACUGGAGUGGACAACCGUGCUUACACCCAAGAUGAAAUCAUGCAAGGAGGCACAGGAGAUCUCAGCUACUCUUCUCACUUUCAGAUGAAGGCCAUUGAACCCCAAAAUGAUUUCUCCAUCCCUCGAGCCAAGGCCCGGACAAGUCCAUACCAUGACUACACUGGUGGUAAAGGACCCAUGUAGCAGGUCUGCAGCAAGCAAAGAGACUAAGUGCCUGUCAGCAAGGGUGUGGGGAAUGGGCCAUGUGAUGGUGGAUGAGUUAUCUGGAAGAAGAGACAAUCAAGCCCCAAUGAUGUAAGAGGAGUGGGAUCCUCUCUUCUCCGCACAAGCACCCUUGUAGACCCCUCUCAUCGCUCAGACACAGCUUUCAGACACUGCUCCAGCCAUCCUGUCCCCACUCACUGUUUCUCCAUGGAAUGGAGCUCAUCUCUCCUGCCAGAGGAACGUGCUGGGAAGAACCUGGCCUGGCCUAUUUUCAGCAGGAAUGCUGUAGUGCUAGAGCAGCAGGAAGAUCAUCAGCCAGGUCUACAACUGGCUCUGUGCCAGCCAGGACUCACUUUGAUCAUCUCAUGGAGAUGCUUGUACCCUUCAUCUGAUGGAAGAAGAGGCAGGCGCAGGAGCAUCAUCCCUACACAUCCACACUCCUGCCCACUUGUGAACACAUCUCAGGUACUACCAAGGACAACCCUUCUCUUUCCACUGUAACUUUUGUACUCACUCCCUGCCUUUUUUCUUGUUUUCCCCUCUUCAUAUUGUGCAAAUUUAAGGCUUAUUGAAAUAACUCCAGUAAGAGAAAUCAGGACUUCCAAACCCUUCCUCAUCACCAGGAGACCACAGUGAAGAGGGGGAGGAAAGUUUAAAAGCAGAAAAACAUCUACUUCUGUUGGCCCUGACACAUCUUUUGGUUUGUGCUCCAGCAUCAGCUGCCCUCCUAGCUUUAACUUCUGACCACAUGCUCCAGCUGAGCUUCCCAGCUUCAGAAACCCUCCUUCCCCACCUCUGUCACCCCAGCCUGUCCAGCCCCACAGAAAAAAAACCUCUCCCAUGCAGCUGCUUGCAAUACCCUGAUGGGAUUUAAUCCCAUGCACCUUGGAGCUUUGCCUCUUCCAGAGUGUGUCUAUGGCAUUAACACAAACAUUUCCCAAGUAGACAGGUUAUGGAGGGUGGGCACCCUUCUUCCCAGGAAUGAGUGAGCAUGUAAGUGUGUGUGUGUGCUGUGUGGACUGCACCCUGACAAUGAGUCUGCAGAGAUGAAUCACUCUGUAGCCUGCUUUGCAUUUGGUAAAUAGCUCUCCAUGAUAUUCCAUAUGUAAAAACACAGAGCUCCCCAAGUGGGUGUGUAUACUGGUGUCCAACACAGCUAUGUAUUUAUUUAGUACUUUGUAUGUGGAAUAUUUAAUUAAUAAAACCCCAAAUAGCCUGA